AUGGGCGGAUCCUCCGUGUAUUUUCGCUCGACGCUCGGCGCGUCCGACGGCGCGCGCUCGCCGUCCGACGUCGCGUGGUCCCCGCCCGGGGCGCUGAACCCGCUGGAUCCCGCGUGCGCGUCGCCGGUCGUCGCCGUCGCGUUCGACGACGGCGCCGUCGGCGUCUACACCGAGGAAGGCGAGCCGUUAGACGCGGACGUCGCGCUGAUCGUCGAGCCGUCGUCGAGGAAGAAGACCAAGCCGAGCGCGCGCGACGACGGCGACGACGACGACGAACGAUCGAAAUCGAAAUCGAAGCCGACGUCGAAACGGGAUCACGUCGCGUGGCACCCCUCGCGGCCGCUGCUCGCGUGCGCGUCCUCCCGCGGCGUCCUGCACCUGUGGUCGCGCCCGGACCGCCACCUGAGCAGAGUUCCCGCGGGCGAUAACCUUCACGAGUCGUCGGACGCCGCCGCGGUUGCGAACGGCGGCGGUACAGCUGGCGGCACAGCCGGCGGAGCGCCGAUCACCGCGCUGGCGUGGAGCGACGACGGCGCGAGGUUACUCUCCGGCGACGCGCGCGGCGUGAUCGUCGCCUGGCGCGUGGACGACCGCGGUCGUCUGAAGCGAACGACGUCGGUGUCCGUGGAAGGGGUGGUGAUAACGCACGUCGUCGCGCCGUCGUCGCGAAGUAAUACUUCCGGAAGCGCGGCGUCCGCGCCGACGCGGUAUUACUUCGCGACGAGGGACGUCGACGACGCCGGGCGAGGCGCGGUGUACACCGCGCGCGACGACGCGGACGACGGCGGCGACCCCGCGCCGUCGAUGCUGUUCGAGCUGGACGCGGGCGUCUCCGAGCUGUUGCAUCGUCGCGUGAAAGCGGAAAAAGAAAAAGUAAGCGGCGGCGUUUUCGACGGUGAACGGCUGGUGACGGAUAUCGCCGGCUGCGUCCGCGUGUACGACCUCGAGAGGGACGGCGCGAACUACGCGCUUCUGCCGCCGUCGUCCGGCGCGGGGUCCACCCCGGACGUCGCCGCGCGACGGCUGACGUGCGUCGCGUUCGACCGAGGCUCGGGGGUGCUCGCGUGCGGACGCGCGGACGGACGCGUCGCGAUGUUCCGACGCGACGCCGCCGCGACCCGGACGACGACGACGCGCGGGCUUGACGCGAACCGUCGCGGAGGAUCCGAACCGUCACCGGACGAAGACGCGACGUCGUGGACGCGCGUCGCCGGCUUCGCGACCGCGUCCGGGCUGCGGGAGAUCGCGUUCGGGCCCGACGGCGCGCGAUCGAUGAGCGCGCGCGGCGACGAGACCGCCGCGGCGAUGACGCGCGCGACCCUCGACGACAAGACGCGAGACGGCGUCUCCAUCUCUCGCGUCAGCGCGUCGGACGUCGUCGUCGAGGCUCUGGACGGCUCGCGGCUGCCCGCGUUCCUGCGCGCGGACAUGAAAGUCACCGGCGCGGACGCGACGGCGACGCACGCGCUCGUGUGGAACUCGCGUCGAGCGAAGACGUACGAGCUCGCCGGCCGCGGCGCCGGCGUCGGCGGCGGCGACGGCGGGUACGUCCACGUGGCGUCGUUUAAAUCCUCGCGCGCGAUGGCGAUGCACCGCGAGACCGUGUUCGCCUCCGGCAAAGCGCGCGUCGAGGUGUGCACGCUGAGCGGCGUCGUGAAGGACGCGCUCGCGUACGAGGCGACGCACGGUGCCGCGCCGCUGGGCGUCGUCGCCGUCUGGGACGUCGACGCCGACGUCGUCUUAUCCUUCGACUUUUUGAGACGGUGCGGACGCGUGCCGGAGACGUUCGGGUGGGACGCGCGCGUGGGGUCGCUCCUCGGCGUGCAGACGGGGAAGGCGGAGAAGACGGACGGCGGUGACGACGACGACGACGACGACGCGGGAGAGGAUAAAAAAUUGAAAACGUUGGAAGACCACCGCGACGACGACGACGAGGGCGGGUUCGACCUCUCGCGCGACGCGGACAACCCCGGGGUCGUCGUGUACACGCUCUUCGCGACCUCCACCGCGAUCGCGCCGCAGGAGACGCACCCGCUGCCUCCCGGGUACGAAGCUCUCCUCGGUCUGCGCGCGCCGUCGUUGUACGUGUGCAAGAAAAACCGGGACGAAAACGUCGCCGAGGCGUCGUCGUCGUCGUCGCCGUCGCCGUCGAGAUCGGGGGGGGGCGCGAAGACAGACGGCGUGUGCUUCAGCAUCACGAUGCGCGACUUCGCGGGCGUCGAAAGCGCUUCGUCGGAGACGAUCGACGCGUUGAUCGCGUUCGCGAUGAAACUCGCGAUGAAGGACCACGACGGCGCGUACAAAGCGGUGAAGACGAUGACGGGCGCGGCGGCGUGGAGAGCGGCGGCGCGCGGGUGCAUCCGCAACAAGCGCCUCGAAGCCGCGGAAUUUUGCCUCGGGAACAUGGGCCACCUGCGCGGCGCGCGCGCGGCGAGGGACGCGAGGAAAGAGCCCGAGCUCGACGCGCGCGUCGCCGCCGUCGCCGUGCACCUGGGUCUGGUCGAGGAGGCGGAGCGUCUGUACGAACGCUGCGGGCGGCACGACCUCCUGAACGAGCUCCUUCAGGCGUCGGGACGAUGGGACGAGGCUCUCCGAGUCGCGUCCGCGAGGGACCGGAUCCACCUCAAGACGACGCACUAUAACCGCGCGAAGCACUUGGAGACGACCGGGGACGCGCGCGGGGCGAUCGAGGGGUACGAACGCGCGGGGAGAGCCGCGGACGAGGUGAUGCGACUGUUUUUUCAACGCGGCGACGUCGACGGCGCGGAGGCGUACGUGACGUCGCGGUCCGGGCACGACGCGAAGCUCACGCGGUGGUGGGGGAAGUACUGCGAGAGCGUCGGCGAGACCGAGCGCGCGAUGGUCGCGUACGAGCACGCGAAGGAUUACCUGUCGCUGACGCGGAUGUACGCCGCGGCGGGGGAGUGGGACGCGGCGGAGAAAAUCGUCAAGGACGCCGACGACGCGGCGGCGGCGUUUCACCUCGCGCGGAGUUUCGAGGCGCGAGACGCGACGAGCGAGGCGCUGGAAUUUUUCGAGCUGUCCGGACGCUACGGCCACGCCGCGCGGCUCGCGCGAUUGAGGGGCAUGGACGGCGAGCUCUUCGCGCUCGCGCUCAAGUCGAGACAGCGACGAACGAUGCUCGACGCCGCGGCGUACUUUCUCGAGAGCGGCGACGUCUCUAAGGCGGCGAAGUUGUUUCACGCCGCGGGGUCGCGCGAGCGCGCGAUCGAGCUGUGCUUCGCGAGCGGCUUGCACGAUCAACUCGCCGGGUUCAUCGACGACGUCUUGGCCGCGGGGAAGACUUCGCCCGGGGAAGACGGAACGUCAACCGACGCGGGAGGAGGUGUGGUCGACGCGGCGCUCUUGGCGCGCUGCGCGGAGUACUUCGCCGCCAACGGGCGCGCGUCGGAGAAGAUCGUCUUCUUCGCGGGCGUCAGCCGCGCGCGCGAGGUGUACAUCCUCGCCGCGAAUUAUCUCCGCACGCUGCCGUGGCAAGACGACGCGGACCUCGCGAAGCAGAUCGCGACGUUUUACCAGAAGGCGAAGGCGAUCGACCACCUCGUCGCGUUUUACGAAAGCGUCGCGCGCGCGGAGAUCGACGAGUUUCGCGAUUACGACAAAGGUCUCGCCGCGCUCGAGAACGCGAUCGCGGCGCUCGAGAAGGCGGGCGGCGGCGGCGACGCCGCCGCGAACGCGAAGCUCGCGUCGCUCCGACAGCGCGCCGCGCUCGUCGGUCGGUUCGUCGAGACGAGGGCGCGGCUCAAAAUCGCACCCGACGCGCAGGCGUCGCUCGCGGCGGCGCGCGACCUCCUCGCCGACGCCACCGCCGCGGCGCGGCGCGACGGCGACGCCGCCACCGCGAGCGUCGCCGUGCGUCCCGGGGACGUUUACGCGAUGAUGAUCGAGCACGUGUACGCGCGCGGCGACGCGAACGGCGCGUGCGAUUUACUGGAAGAGAUGUCGCGGGAAGGGGUCGUCGUCGGUCCGUACGUGGACGAUCACGUGGUGGCGGCGGCGACGAGAGACGCGGGGCGGACGCUGAGCUUAUUGAAGGGAGGCGGAGUUCGCGAUUCGGGGUUGGUCCAAGGGGUCACCCUCGGUAUUGACGGCGGAGUGGUCGACGAGGAGUGGUCGCCGCCGCCGCCGCCGGAAGACUUCGACGACGACGACGACGACGACGCGUGA